AUGGCCUCUGGAACAAAACUGGACCGACAAAAGAGAGGUGACAGAAGAGAUACCAACCUUUCUGUGGCAGACUUGUUCACCGCCUUGCGCACCACACAGGCCACACAAGAUGGCCACCAACAAAGCCCGCGCGGCUCACUCUUCCCAACAUCAAACAUUGACAGCGAGCCACCAGACUUCCAGCUGGGAGACAGUUCACACAUAUUCUCCAAACUGCUGGAGGUGCGGAAUUACCGAGUGGGGGAAAUAGCCAAAAGCUCACAAGUGAUAAAGGCCGAAAUAUAA